AUGCAGUUCUCCAGCAUCACCUCAGCGGCAAUCCUUGGUUUUGCCAGUCUGGCUUCGGCCAUCACUGUCAGCUACGAUACUGGCUACGAUGACGGCAGCCGCGCCUUGACCUCGCUCGCCUGCUCGGACGGCUCCAACGGCCUCAUCACAAAGUACAACUGGCAAACUCAAGCCAACGUUGCUGGUUUCCCUAAAAUCGGUGGAUAUAUGGGUGUUGCUGGAUGGAACAGCCCACAGUGUGGUACAUGCUACGGCGUUACCUACAACGGAAAGACCAUCUACGUUCUCGCCGUCGACCAUGCUGCUCAAGGCUUCAACCUCGCCAAGGCAGCCAUGGACGAGCUUACAAACGGCCAGGCUGCGGCUCUGGGACGUAUCGAUGCCCAGUACGCUCAGGUCGCUACUAGUAACUGCGGGUUAUAA